AUGAAGUUUCUUGCCGUUGUCUCUAGCCUUGCCGCCAUCAUUGCCUUGGCCACUGCCCAGGGCACCGUGACCACAUAUACCGAAGAAGGUGUUAUUGGUGGCACGACUUAUGAUGUUGUUGUACUAGGUGUCCAGGAAACUGUCACUGAAACCGUCCUAUCCACCAUUACCACCACCAUUACCACUACAGCCUUCUCAGCUGUCUAUAACCAUGAGACCCCACUGAAUGAUUUCCUUGCUGACAGCUCUUUGAUCAACGCUCUCACUGCCGAUCCUUCAGUCUAUCGCGUAGUCACAGCACUCAACCCUCACCUUGCAACCCUUCUUUAA